AGCAGAUGCGUACGGUUCUUUGAGUGCGCGUGUUCAAAUAAUAUGUGUAAAUGCAAGAAAUAUCACAGUUAUAUCUAGUAAACUUUAUCUACCUGUAAUGUGUGCUCAAGACGUUUUGUUUAUAUGUUUUACUUCAAUUAUCUUAACACUAGCUCAACCGCGACUGCCAAUUGCUUUUACGCGCGUGUUAGGUGGCGCGCCAACGACAAUUACCCAAUAUCCAAUAUUGGCCCAACUACUUCUAGACCCUUGGGCCACUAACCAGUAUAGCCAACAUUGUGCAGGAGUUAUUUUGACUUCUCGACAUGUAAUUUCUACCGCUCAUUGUUUCCAAUACAAUGAAAAUACGGGAAGAAAUUACACAAAACCCUACCAUUGGAAGGUGCGCGUAGGCUCAUCAUAUCGAACCAGAGGUGGGGUUUUACAUAGGGUAAAGAAUAUAAUACCUCAUCCCUCAUUCGACAAAUAUUACUACAAGAACGAUGUAGCAGUGCUAGUGGUGGCUACACCAAUCAUGAUGUCCAAGUUUGCAAGACAAGGCACUAUAACAAAACCUGGGACUGAUGUGGCUGCUAGUUCCUUGUGCACGUUGGUUGGAUGGGGUGCAACUCAGCGAGGCGGACCACAACCAGAUCAACUGCAAUACACGGUGAUGGUAACAAUUGACCAGCAAGAA